AUGCCUACCCCUGAGCCAGAAUCUUCAGCCUCUCAGCCUUCAUCUACCGCCACUUCAUGUACAUCUACCUCAACGGUGACUAACACAUGGGCUUCAUGCACAUCAGUCACAAGUGGAACAUCAUCAGGUAUCCCGGUACUUACAGAGAGCUGCACUACCAGCACAUCUGUGGAGAGCGGCUGCAGUCUCACUUCAACAGACACUACGACGACUGCUACUCCAGAAUGCACUACCAAAACUGUGACCAACAGCUGGGUAUCAUGUACUCCUGUCACCACGAGCACGCGCUCUGGAACUCCAUUGUACAGCAAUAGCUGCACUACAAGUACAUCGGUAGCAACAGGCUGCAGUGCUACCCCAUCAUCUUCGUCUACGUUGGCAACGACGACGCCAGCUGCCUGUACCAUUGCUGUGAAAGCUAGCCCAUUCGCUACGCUCACGGAUCCCAUACCUGAUGCCCCAGACACAACGUCAUCUACUCCGGAUAGCACUUCGGCAACGAGUAGUCGGCCCGUAUCAGGUAGUUCUGUGCUCCCCAGUUCAUCAACUGUCUCUCCAAGUGCUUCGUCAUCCAGCCCCAUUCAAACCAGCACUCGCAACCCAACCUCGACCCCUCCUACCGUAAGCGGUACUUCAACGGCCAUCUCAUCACCAAGCUCAAGCUCAAGCUCAAACUCAAGCCUGGAGACUACCUUAUUGAGCACAAUAAGCUCGUCUACUACCACCAGCCCAACAACCGAGACUUCAAUAACCAGCAAUUCAGCUUCGCCAACAGCCACAAAGUCCUGCACUGGCGGCAGCGGCCAGACAUACCCUGUCUCUCUUCUCAACACUGAAGGCUCCCAAUCCGGAAACCUAGACAAAUUCUGCAUCAAGGCCGCCGCGCAAACCAAUUGGCCAUUCAAUCAGACCUUCGACGGCGAGUACGCCGGUGACACCAAAGCCGUCAUGGAAGUCUCAACCCAGCAAGGCUGCAGCGUUCCAGAUAACGGAGAGAUCUCGGCCGACUAUUGCAAACAGUACAUGAACAUUCUCGCCAACGACUGCGACACAGACAGUGGCAACAAACACGGCGGUACAGUCUCAACGGAUGAAUGCUACAUUUUCAGUUUGAGUGUUACUUCUGAGUCUAAGCUGAGCUGUAAGGGCGGCGAUGGGUGGGAUUGGCCUGUUGAUCUUUUGAAUGGAUAUAGUAGUAACAGCGGUGUUAUCGAUAAUUUCUGCUCGAACGUUGAGUUGAAUACCAGGGAUGGAUUCCAUGAGGAUUAUACGGGUAUGAGGGAGAGUGAUAAUGAGUGCACCAUUACACUCAAUUUGAACAACUGUGAUGGUGACAUGAAACUGUCGCAUGAUGAAUGUGUUCAUUAUGUUGGGCAGAUUGCUAAUGGCUGUGAUACUGACAGCGGGAAUAAGCACGGCGGUAUUUUCGAUGUUGGAAAUUGUUUGUCAUUUAACAUGACGAUGUAUGAUCCUUCUGUUAUUUUUGGAAGUGGUUAG